AUGGAGAACACGACUAUGCUAAGAGAAUGGUUCGAGCGAGUUGACUCAGAGAAAACCGGAAACAUCACUGCAACUCAGCUCAAGAGUGCCCUUGCUGUUGGAAAUCUUGAGUUUCCUCUCUCUGUUGUCCAACAAAUGAUCAGGAUGUAUGAUUUUGAUAGGAAUGGAACUAUGAGUUUUGAUGAAUUUGUUGGGCUUAAUAAAUUCCUUUUAAAGGUUCAACAAGCUUUCGCAGAUCUUGAGAGGGGGCGCGGAUAUCUUGUUCCUGAUGAUGUAUAUGAGGGAUUGGUGAAAAUUGGUUUUGCAUUGGACUCUCCUUCUUUUUGCACAGUUUGUGAGAGCUUUGACCAAAAGAAGAAUGGAAGAAUUCGUCUAGAUGACUUCAUAUCUCUCUGCAUCUUUGUACAGUCUUCUCGGAAUCUUUUUAAUUCAUUUGAUACAACGAAGCAAGGCAGAGUUACUCUCGAUUUCAAUCAGUUUGUGUACUGUAGUAAGUAA